AUGGCUUGCGCGACGAUCUUAUUUGAUUGUGAGUGUGAUGUGGCAGCGUUCGCCCUAGGUAUUAGUCGCGUGGACGGCAUACAAUCCCUCCAGAUGUGUUAUGAUGUGCUGGGUGCGCCAUUCUUACUCAUGAGCAAAGCUCUACGCAAGUUUCCGAACCUCAGAUCGAUCCACGUCGAGGAUGGCGGCAACAUGGAGAACUUCUCGGACACAAAAUCCGGAUUUCUCAGCCAGAUACGGGAUGCUUCGCCGGAUUUGAGCCGUGCAGUAGCUAAGGCAGUGCCUGGGUGGCGACGUUGGCUGCGCGACUUGCUCAACGGACCUGAUGGCAUCAGGGUUACGGUGGAUUUCUGGCUUGUACCACCCAUCGAUGACGCUCUGGAGACGUCUGCUCGAGCUGUGAGUUUCUCUUCAGGCACGCAGACGCUGACUGGAACAUAUCACGGAGUCCGGUUCUCCCUGCAACAGCAACUUGUACCUGCGAAUGGUCGCCAAGAGGACGUCAUGCAGGAUCAUACUGGGUCUGAAAGUGAGGUGUGGUCGGUUGUUCGCGACUAUUUCUCGGACGUCAAAAUCAGUCCCGGAGCAUAUCUUUCCCUCUUCACAAUGAUGGACCGCACACGCGGGUAUAACUGGAACUUGCGAAACGAGUGCGCCAAUCUCCUUCCUUGGGCAAUCGGUCGAGUACUUUUGUGCGAAGGCGACUGUGCUAUCGUUUCCUGCAUAAACGCCUACGACGACGACGAUGAUGAACUCCUAACAUGGCUCAGUCGUGCCAAACCGUCCCCGGAAGAGCUCUGGCAACUCUGGCGACGAAUACUGCGAGUACAGAACCCUCUGGUUCUCAAACGACCAUACAAAUCUGCCUAUUUGCUGGUCGACAGUAUUACGGAUCUGGUCCAGUACGAUGUUCAUCAUGAGUACAAUUUUCAACGAGAGGACGGCUGCACAGGCGAGGUGGUCUUCGACGUGGAGGAGCACUUUUUCCGGCGCCUCUUCGACCCGACUGUGGAUUGGAUGACUGAGUAG